CCUAGAGUAAACGGUUUCGGUUACGAAACGUUUUACAACGGAAUCCGAUUAAUAAAUACACCACAGAAUCCAUGACGAUGACUAACCACGGAAAGGCAGUAUGACAUCACCAACCCUGCCUUUACUUGCCAGGAAUAAUUUGCUAGUUGUUGUUACUCACACAAAGGGAAGCUGCUUCGAGUACUGUAUAAUUUCAUCAAAGGAACAAAAACUACUAUAGAUCGCUCAGUUAUUUGCAAUCGCGGAGAAACACAAAACAAUUGUGUCCGAGUUUCAGUCUGAAACGAUGUCUUUCAUCCCAGGACAACCAGUUACUGCUGUUGUGCAACGAAUUGAAAUCUGCAAACUUCGCCAGGGUGAACAUUUGAUCCUGGGUUUCAGCAUUGGAGGGGGAAUAGACCAAGACCCUGGUCAGAACCCCUUCUCUGAAGACAAGUCCGACAAGGGCAUCUAUGUGACACGGGUGACACCAGGGGGACCAGCAGAAGUUGCGGGCUUGAUGAUGGGAGACAAAGUAAUGCAGGUAAAUGGAUGGGAUAUGACCAUGGUGACACACGACCAGGCACGCAAACGGCUGACGAAGAAGAAUGAAGACAUUGUGCGGCUACUGGUGACCAGGAAAUCGCUGGAGCAGGCUGUCAGACAUUCUAUGAUGUAAUGACUCCAACGCUAGUCCUUUAGUGCAGACAGAGUUUGCUAUCAGACGUGAGACAAUGCCAGUGACCGAGAGCAUAGUAUUUCAAAUCUUUUAUCACAUAUUGUAAGUUUGGGGUGAAUUCCACAUCAAUUCUGUCAAUUUCGGAGAUGUAAUGAAAUUGAAAAGUGCAAUUUAUUUCAUGAAGGAUUCCUGAGUUGAAUUGAAAAGGAAUUGAUUAUGGCUGUACUCACAUAUUCCCAAACAGGGUACACUCCAUUUAUACCAUGUCUCUACAAUUCAUCAGUAUGAUUCUAGUUAUUGGGAUCAUUAACGCCUUUAACUAGCUGACUUGUGUAUUACUUUUUCGGUUAUUAGUACAUUUCAUGAUCUCAGUCAUGAUUUGAUUUACUCUACAUUUUAUAUCUAUGUUUUCGAGUCCAUGUCUGUACAAGCCAAAAGAAAACAUUUCAAAAAAACUAUAGACUAAUAAAUGUAACUAUCAUGUGGUGUAACUUCCACAUAUUUUGCAUGAACAGUUUUGUAGUGGGGAUAGAGGUUGUUAUGCAAACAUAUGUGUACAAAGCACAUAUGGUAAUUUCCAGCAUUGAUCUGCAACACUAAUUUGUAUGUCUUCCAUAGAGGUGUCCUCUUUAUAUGACUUGUGUUUUUGAGUUUAAUAUAUGGCUUUAAUAACAAUUUAACACUUAAGUGCUUAACAACGCCAUGUCAUCUGGAAAUGUAUGAAUAUUCAUCAGGCUUGGAUGAUAUAUUUUGGAAUCUUUAUUUUGGUAUCAUCCAUAUUGUGCAUCUACCAAAGUAACAAGCACAGCUGAACUGCAUACUUUAUAUUUCAUUUUACAAUAUUGUACUUCAUGUCUACCAAAUACUGUAAUAUUCAUUUGAGGAUUUUAUUUUUGUAUGUCGUGCAGGAAAACAGUUACUUCUCAACCAUCUCGAUAUAGUUAAUCUGGUGUUGCAUCCUUGACUUGAAAUCAAGAUUAGGGUAUAGUCAACCUUUUUAUAAGUGCCUUCUUUCUCACGUUCAUAUAGAGAAAGUGGCAUGUUGGAUUGUUCAUUAGGUCACUUGCUGGUUGAUCUUAGACAGCUAGUUGCACACUGGAAUAGUUUGGACCAAGGUUGAUGGAUCUAAUGAAUUGAGAGAGAUGUUUGAUACACAACAGACUUAAAUGAAACUCUAGUGAUUGUACCACUAAAUCGUGAUGGUGCGAAAUAGUGUUUUUGUAUUCAAGCCCUUUUCCAUUCCUAUUGUUCAUUGAUAUGUACGCUUUAUCACUACCUCAGCCGUACAAUAAACAGCAAGGCCUCACUGAUUUAA